AUACUGAAUAAUCUCAAUACUAUUCAGUCAGUUACUGGUGUGAUAAGCUAUCAUGUUGGUUGCCUUAAUUUGAUAGUUUUUUUAGUCUUGCUUCGUUCUUUGUGUGGUGAGGUUGUGUCCAUAUAUUUAAACUUCACCAAGAUGCCGCUGCAGCUGACGAAGCCCGCGCCCCAGUGGAAGACCACCGCCGUCGUGAACGGAGAGUUCAAGGACAUCUCGCUCUCCGACUACAAGGGGAAGUACGUCGUGCUGUUCUUCUACCCGUUGGACUUCACGUUCGUGUGCCCCACGGAGAUCAUCGCGUUCUCGGAGGCCGCCGACGACUUCCGCAAGAUCGGCUGCGAGGUGAUCGCCGCGUCCACCGACUCACACUUCACGCACCUCGCCUGGGUCAACACUCCCAGGAAGCAGGGUGGUCUGGGCCCCAUGAACAUCCCCAUCAUCGCUGACAAGUCGCACCGCAUCGCCCGCGACUACGGGGUUCUAGACGAGGAGUCCGGCGUGCCCUUCCGCGGCCUGUUCAUCAUCGACGGCAAGCAGAACCUGCGCCAAAUCACUGUUAAUGACCUGCCUGUGGGACGCUCAGUGGAAGAGACCCUGCGUCUAGUCCAGGCCUUCAAGUUCACCGACGAACACGGCGAAGUGUGCCCCGCCAACUGGCGCCCCGGCUCCAAGACCAUCAAGCCCGACUCCAAGGCCGCCCAAGAGUACUUCGUCGACGCCAACUAGUUAUGAAACUCUCCAACAUCACAGUACUGUAGGCCGUGUUACACCUUCUUGAUUUUGUCGGGUUGUGCCGUUGUGUUUUGUUUAUGGGAGGGCAAAGCCGAUUGGAGGGAAGGUGUAAUAAGGUUUGUGCCGACUGCUUUGUAGUUAUUCGUGAUUCGUGAAGCCAUGCGAAAUUGUAAGUUCACAUAACUUAGUGAUAAAGUUCAUGGAAUUGUUUGGUUUAUUAUGAUGAAUCACGGGUUAGUAGAAAGCAGUUUCUUAAUUUUAUUGGAGGUGUGCAGUUGGAUUCGAUGUCCGAUUGCAUGCUUCAGUAUUUAUCCAGUUUUAAUUCUGUCGUAGAACCAAGUUCUAUUGAGAAGCAAAGAUCGCGUCAUGAGAUUGAAUGUAACGUUUUUAAUCACAAAAAUGCAUUUGCCAUUAUUGGUUGGUGUUUGUAAGCGCGGUCUGAGCACGUUUUAUAACUUGUAAUAAUAAUAAUAAGGGUCGGAGUUGUCACAGCAUAGGUUUUGAACCGUAGUGUGAAUCUCACAGGGUGCAUUUUGGAAUAGCAACAGCUGCAAUGUCAAAGAUUGUUUGUACAGCUAACGUUGACCGUUGAUCAGUAACUUAUAUCGUUGACACAUAAUCAGUAUUUUACAGAGAUCCUAUCAAUUUUAUUGUAAUACUUAUUCCAUUUAUCGAGGCUGUAAUAAAAGCUGUGCUGUAA